GUUCUUUGCAUCCUGAUGAUUGAAGAAGCCUUGGGCAUAAGCCAGGACACAUCCACUGAUCUCGAGGUGUGGAUGAAGCAAUGUACAGAGGUGCACCCCAAUUCCCCCCGCUCAUUAAGUCUGGUCAUGGGUGAAAGCGACAAGGAGAUAUUGGUGGAGCCUCAGUCCUCUUGCUUUAGUAGAAAUGAUUUUAUGCAGGAUGACUUUCAGGUGGAUAAGUUUGUGGCUGAAUGCAAGAAGAUUGUUCCUUUAAACGUUUUUAAGAAAGAGCUGGACGAUUAUUUGAGGCUGCUCAAGAAUGCACUCAUUGAGCUCAUUAAUCAGGACUAUGCUGAUUUUGUUAACCUGUCUACGAACCUGGUUGGAAUGGACAAAGCUAUUAAUAAUCUUACUAUCCCAUUGGGUCAACUGAGAGAGGAAAUUCUGUCAAUCCAAAAUGAUCUUGAUUCAACAAUUAAAUCAGUUGAGAACAAAUUGAAACAGAGAGCGGAGUUGCGUGAGAAAAAGGUUUUUACUCAAAAUCUGCUCAAUAUCACCCAUUGCAUGGAGAAAAUUGAGCGUGUUUUCAAAUCAGGAGAUGGGGAAAAGGAAACAGACAAAGAGAGCUCAGAACAGGCAGGGCAUUUGAUUGAAAGAGUUGCCAGCGAUUUUAACCAACUUCAGUUUUAUGUAACCCAAUGCCAGGGCCAUCCUUUGGUGGAAAAGAUAAGAUCACGUAUAUCAGGUAUUACUAGCACCCUUCAGAAGAAUCUUGAGGCUUCGUUUCAAGAAGGGCUAAAACUUGGGGACACAAAGACACUCACACAGUGCUUAAGGACAUAUGCUAUCAUUGAUAAAAUCUCCUACGCUGAAAACUUGUUCAGGACCUUCGCUGUUAAGCCAUAUAUGAAGAUUAUAACAGAACAAGCUUUGCAAUCAAAUAGCAAGGGUCUUCAAGGCUUAUAUGAAAAUGUCCUAGAUUUUAUACCAAACUACUGUAGCAAACUUAUUGAUGUGACGUCUGGCAAGACACUGGACCCCAGUGUGGAGGUGUCGGGAAAUAUUACACAAAGCAUCAAGGGAUACAAUUUCAUUGUGAAUUCUGUUUGGCCGGAAAUUGCAUCAGCAGUCCAGAAUAAUUUAACAUCGAUAUUUGCACCUGGAGACCCUGAUGCAUUUCAUAAGAAAUACACGAUAACCAUGAAUUUCGUACAAGAGUUCGAGAAGCAAUGUCGCUCGCAAGAGAAUAUUAAACAACUUCGUAAUCACCCAUCUUAUGGCGCACUCAUUUCACGUUGGAGUCUGCCUGUCUACUUUCAAAUAAGAUUUCAAGAAAUAGCCGGGGAACUAGAAACAUCGAUGUUAACACAGUGCACAGUAAACGAAGAUGAAGCACCUUUACACGUGAACGUCACUCGCCAGUUUUGGAGCUGUUUGGAAAGGUGCUGGCACAAGAAUAUUUUCCUAUCCGCAUUAUGUCAUCGGUUUUGGAAACUAUCGUUACAGCUUAUUGCUCGCCUCUCCAAAUGGCUUGCUGGUUUAAAAUUGCAAGAGACCGUUCCUGUCAAAAGUAAAGUGUCCAGCGGUCUCCCAAACGCAGGGCAAGACGCGGAGACUACCGAGGGACAGGGCGAAAGUGACGGUAGUCACGUGACCGUCUCACAGCUUGUUUAUAUUAUUGCCGAUGUCUUUCAUAUCCUGAAACAGAUUCCAGAAUUAUGGAAAGAUAUAAUUUCUCCAAAACUGCCAGACAUUACUCCGCAAGAACAAGAUAAUUUAAAAGAUAUAUUGAUUAACAAACGCUGCAGUGAUCUACAACAAACCUUACCUCAAUUAUCGUCGCUUAUUGUCGAUCACGUCAGCACGCUGAGCGCUAAUUGUUUGGAUGGAGCAAAGAAUAUACCCAGACUUUAUAGAAGAACGAAUCGUGAGGCCCCACUAAAACCGUCCGCGUACAUAACAAAUUUAAUCGAUCCAAUCCGGGCGCUAAAAGUGAAUCAUGGAAAAAACGCAAGCCAGGAACAACUACUGGAAUGGUCUGUGGCAAUAUCAGAAAGCGUUUCAGACAAGUUUUACAAUGUCACCUCUGAUGUUUUGACCUCAAUCAAGAGAACUGAGGACAGUUUGUUGAGGUUAAAAAGAAUCAAGAAAAGUGAUAAUCCAUCCACAAAUCCUGCGACGACAGAGAAAGGAAAGAUGUCAGACGAUGAUAAAAUUCGUAUGCAGUUUGCAUUAGAUGCAGAAGAAUUUGGAAAGCAGAUAUCAUCUCUUGGCAUACCUGUGGACAAAGUUUCUUCGUACAAAAAACUGGUUGCUUUUGUAGAAAAUGCUAGAAGUUCAUCUCCAAGUAAUUCAUCUUCAUGAGAUAGAUACAGGACUUGUUGUAUAGUUUUAGUUUAAAUACUACCGUAGAAUUGAAUUAAUAAAACAGUGAU